UCCUCUCAACCCUUCUUCAAUCUCAACAAUACACACACAUACAUACAUACAUACCCUUCUAGAGAUUUCAAUCAGAUCCAAACCCAGAUCGAUCAACAUGGGAACAACAUCUAUUCGAUACGAUGGUGGUUUGAAUCUCAAAGCCACUGAGCUCACUCUUGGCCUUCCUGGCAGAGAAGAGCCUGAGAGAAACAACAAGAGAUCUUCUCCCAUGACGGCGCCGGAGGAUGCCGGAUCAAAGACCAGUUCAGAAAUCAAGGACGGUGGAGGAGUCGACAGUGCAGUUACCCCCUCAGCUCCCAAGGCUCAAGUGGUGGGAUGGCCACCGGUGAGAUCUAACAGGAAGAACAGUUUUCAAGUGAAGAAGGUGGGAGAGAUAACAGAUGAAAGUGGGAUCUAUGUUAAAGUGAGCAUGGAUGGAGCUCCUUAUUUGAGGAAGAUUGAUUUGAAGUUGUAUAAUGGAUACCCAGAUCUGUGGAAGGCUUUGGAGAACAUGUUUAAGAUCACAAUAGGUUUUUACUCUGAAAGGGAAGGAUACAAGGGAUCUGAAUAUGCUCCUACUUAUGAAGACAAAGAUGGAGACUGGAUGCUUGUUGGAGAUGUUCCAUGGGAAAUGUUCAUGUCAUCAUGCAAGAGACUGAGAAUCAUGAAAGGAUCCGAGGCCAAGGGUUUGGGUUGUGUUGUUUGAUUAUAUCACAUGGGAAAGAAAGAAAGAAAGAGAAGACUAGAAUUUCUGUCUCUUAGGUUGGGUUUGUCAACACAAAUUUAGAUUUUUGGAUUAUGGGACUACAAUGUGUAAGAAAGGGGAAUGAAUGCUUUUUGUUUGUUUUCAUCAUAUUUUGUGUUUGUGUGUAGUAGUAAGUAAUUAAUCCCUCUUUUUCACUAAAACAAACAGCAGACAAAUUAUUAUUAUUAUAUAUAUUUUAUUUAUGCUUCUUCUUUA